AUGGUUAAACCGUUUCAAGGACCUGCUAAUCCAUUUGUUAGUGCAAAGACCAUGACAAACAAGAACACUCAGUUGGGAUUUGUCGAGGAUUGCAAUAUGGCCAAUACCGACUUUAAUGAGCUGCACAGGACUUUUGUCAACUUUGGAUAUACCAGAGAUCCUGAUGCAAUUGACAGCAAUGGACUAGUUGGAGAUUCCGACAGGAUUCAUUCUCAUGGUGGAUUGAUGGCUAGUGAGCUUAAAAAGAGCCAUAUUCCAGCAACCAUUAAUGCCAAGAGAAAAAGACUUCCACAAGGCGAUGCUGCAGAUAUUGAUGGAUUUCAAGGUCCAUGGGCAGGUUUUGAAGGUGAACAACUAUCUGUACCUGAUCGAACUGCUGAACAGGAGGCUGAUGCCAUUGCCGGUAUUAUCAAUACUCAUAAUGGCGAUGAUAAUCUAUCCAAGUCCAAAGGGUCGGAGAAAUCUGUCUUUUAUGGCAAAAACCUACAUGACUACCAAGGCCGUACUUACAUGUCCGUACCUCAUGAUACCGGAGUAGAUCUACAAUCUGAGCUUGGCUCAUUUGAAUGCUUCCUUCCUAAAAGAUCUAUUCAUACAUGGACUGGCCAUACCAAAGGUGUCAAUGCAAUCAGAUUCUUUCCUUCUACUGCUCAUCUGCUUCUGUCAGCUUCAAUGGACUCUACCGUCCGUCUUUGGGAUGUCUACAACGACAGAUCGUGUCUACGUUCUUUCCAUGGCCACUCAAAGGGAAUCAGAGAUAUCGACUUUAACAACUCAGGAUCCAGAUUUCUUUCUGCCUCUUACGACAAAUUCCUCAAACUCUGGGACACUGAAACUGGCCAGUGCAUUUCCAAAUUCACUACAAAACGUAUUCCAUACUGUGUCAAAUUCAAUCCAGAUCCUUCAAAGCAAGACAUUUUCCUCACAGGCUGUCAGGACAAAAAGAUUUACCAGUUUGAUGUGCGCUCUGGAGAAAUUGUUCAAGAAUAUGAUCAGCAUCUGGGUGCUGUCAAUACAAUCACAUUUGUAGAUGAUAAUCGUAGAUUUGUUACAACAAGUGAUGACAAAACCUUGAGGGCUUGGGAAGUUGACAUUCCUGUAGUGAUCAAAUACGUUGCUGAGCCUGACAUGCACAGUAUGCCUGCUGUAACACUUUCUCAAAAUAAGAAAUGGCUUGCGUGUCAAUCCCUUGACAAUCAAGUACUGAUCUACUCUGCGCGCGACAGAUUCAGAAUUAAUCGUAAAAAGGUAUUCAAAGGACAUUUAAUUGCUGGCUAUGCUUGCCAGCCCAAUUUCUCUCCCGAUGCGAGGUACAUCAUGUCAGGUGAUUCCGAGGGGAAGCUGUGGUUUUGGGACUGGAAGACUUGUAAAGUCAUGAAAAAGAUCAAUGCGCACGACGGUGUUGUUAUGGGGUGUGCAUGGCAUCCUCACGAGACAAGUAAGGUAGCCACGUGUAGUUGGGACGGAACUAUCAAGUAA